UUUCCUACCAAAAUGACGGAACCGGAAUUACAACUGUUGACCUAACGUUAGGUGGCCAGUUUCCUUUCUCGUACGGCAACAACUGGAAAAGUUUUGACAACUGUUUUGAAUACACGCAAUAAGUUUUCUUCGCGGCAUAUAACGUUACAUUAUUUUGUCCCGUAUAUUAGAGAAGACUGAUGUGGAUUUGUUGAUGGAUUCAAGAUACAAUAUCCAGCGGAGAGGCGGCGGUGGGAGCAUUAACAGCGGUCGCUCCAUCGGAGGGUCCCCCGCUCUUACAGGAGCUCAGUCGCGCCGGAGGAAGAUACCGCCCAGGCCGGCCGAUUACAAACUGCAGAUAAUUAUAAUCGGCUCUCGUGGAGUAGGGAAAACAAGUCUGAUGGAGAGAUUCACCGAUGAUACGUUCUGCGAAGCAUGCAAGUCCACCGUUGGAGUUGAUUUUAAAAUCAAAACUGUAGAUUUGAGAGGGAAGAAGAUAAGAUUGCAGAUCUGGGACACGGCAGGGCAGGAGAGGUUUAACAGCAUCACCUCGGCCUACUACCGCGGCGCCAAGGGCAUCGUGCUGGUGUAUGACAUCACCAAGCAGGAGACCUUCGACGACUUGCCAAAAUGGAUGAAAAUGAUUGACAAGUACGCCUCGGAAGAUGCUGAGCUUUUGCUUGUUGGAAAUAAGCUGGACUGUGAGACUGACAGAAUAAUAACUCGGCAGCAAGGUGAAAGAUUUUCUUCACGGAUAUCUGGGAUGCGGUUUUGUGAGGCGAGUGCCAAGGAUAACUUUAAUGUAGACGAGAUAUUCUUGAAACUGGUGGAUGACAUUCUGAGUAAGAUGCCUCUGGAGGUCCCCAGCAAGGCCUUGUCCAACAGCAUCCUUUCACUGCAGCCGGAGCCAGAAGUGCCUCCAGAGCUCCCUCCCCCGCGAAUGCGCUGCUGCUAGGCCCCCCCCCCCUCCAUCGCCCCGCCCUGCACUCAGCCAUUCUCACCAGCAGGGGGCAGCAUGGACCUGGCCCGUUCGCCAGAUACUCCCCAGCAUUUCACCACGCCUGUUCCUCCAGAGCAGUACCACACUUCACACAGUGCCAGAAUCACAAGCACACACAUCACACGCUUCCUUUGCAGACUACCUCAAGUUCAGGACAAGUGACUUAGGUCCAGCAGGUGCCUUCAGGGUAGAUAUCCCACGCUGCCCUGCAGAAUAAGGAAGCAGUGCCUUUUGGAUGAUUGGCUCCUUCCUUGGCUCCAUUUGUCAUUGUGGUGGGGCUACUAGGAAGUGGGGCUAGAUUAAGCACUUCGAUUCGUAGAUGAUCCCGUAAAGUAGUGCGCUCAUACUUCAUGAACACACUCCACUCUCUGAUUUUUAUAUAGUGUGAACGCAAGGGGGAUCAUGUGACGGGACGAACGGCAAGUGUUGGUACAGUACACAGCCUUCCGUAGGUCUUACGUCAUUUCUUAUGUAAUAUUUUACAUCAGGGUCACAUAGUGUUCAUGGAGGUCUGAAGUUUAUAUGAGUGUCUGGAAUGCCCAAAUCUCAAAAACAGGUGGUUAAAUAAGGGGUGGGCAUCUUUGCAUUGUUCACUUAUGGAGAAGGCCAUGAAAUGCUCUUUCUGAAUAACUGAGUUAUGAUUCUCUCCUUUAUGCAUUUUUUUAUCUUUAGCUGACUGAAAGGUGGGAGAGAAAAGGUUUUUUUGAUCUGACUUGUUUUCAUGAAAAUCUCCUGGUUUUCAUGAAAUGGGGUUUGGGGUUAAAAGUGCCUGUGUCACUGUCAACGCUAAAUUCUGUUUUAUAACCAAUACCACUGAUAAUCCUAAAACACUAAAACAAAACAUAUCUUUACACAUUUCUGAAAAGAAGGAUCUUUUUUUUCAACUGCACAUGUUUUGAAAAUGUUAAUGCCAUCCAUCAUUUGAAAGAUGAGGACUUAUGCUUCAGAUAUUUGCACUGAAUGCUGGAUUCCCAUCACAAUGACAAGAAAAACCAAGCAAAACAUAUCAAUCACAGCACAGCGAUUUCUCAGGUUCAAUGGUUAUGUCAAAUCAACAUCAGACAAAAACUGUUGGCAUAAUGGGCGUAUGUGAUUGAAAGCCAGGGACAGGGGGGUUAACGUACUUAUCCCUGAAUAUAACAGAUGAAGAGAAUAAGACAUUCUGGACUGAAUGAAAUAUGAAUACUGUUCUUGCCAGUCCCCUUGUUUACACAACAUUUAAAAAAGUCAAAUGUACAGAAAUAAUCAUUAGAUGCUUGACUGACUUGGGUCUCUUAUUAAAAGGGAGCCAUUGAAAUAUUUUACCUUGUGUAUUCUUGGGGUCUAAAAGAGUGGUUUAAACAUAAUUUUGCAGAAUACAUUGAAUUACAACUUGUUAUUGACUGAGAAGUGGCAUGAAUACUUUUGUGUUUCUCAUUUUUUGUGUGAUAUUUUGCACUACAAUCAGUUUAACUGUUCAUGGAUGGGUUGAAGGUGGAAGGGUAUAGUUUAAGGAGGAACAUUGUAUUGAGUCCAGUGUAGGAUUUCACAGCACAAAAAACUAACGUGUUAAUUUAGUUGUGACCAUUGUCCUGGACCCUGAAGAGGCAAACAGAGUCAGACAGAGUCUGGACUUGUGUUCAGGUGUACUACAGGCAUACAGAAAUGCCUUUUUUUCCUUAUUAGUAUAAUUGGAAACUUUAAAAUACUGUUCAGACUCUCAGAGUUAUCCCUCCCAAGACACUAAGCUUAGUAUUGGUUAAUGUUUAUGGUAUGCUACAAAAAGGGACAUUAAUUAGAACGCUAACAUUUUAGAGCAUAACAUUGUAGAUUUUCACCCACUCCAAGUACCCCCCUCUAUAACUUAUUUUCGUUUUUUGUGCCUUUUCAUAGGGGAAAGUCCAGUAGUUUAACUUGCCAUGUAUUUUUGUGCGUUAAUAUAUCUUUAUUACAACUUUUUUUUUUUUUCCAAAAUUGGGUGUAAUAUACUCGACGUUAGUGUUAGUUUAACACAUAAUUAUGUGUUCUUGUUGGUAUUGCCAAUUUCCUAUGGUUAAAAUACCAUUGUUGCAAUCAAUACUAGGCUAUAGGUCUGCAUUACUUUACUGACUAGAAACAGCCAGACUGUAGAGAUACUGUAAAUAACAUGGAAGUUAUUGGUGAGGUACUGGCAGAAGAGGUAGAUAAUGAAUGUCAUUUUUCUUAAUGAUUUCUGUUUUUUUAAUCUGCUUUGUAUGAAAACGGUAUGACCUUGUCUGUAUUGAUCUUCAGCAUUGGUCUCAGAGAGCAACCUUUUGAGUGAGCCACCAUUGCUCUUUGUAAACACAAGGGCAACGUUGGGGUAAUCAGUCACACAGUGAAACCAGUUUGAUGUUCAUGUAUAUUUGGAAACGAAAAGGAAUUGGGAUUUUUUUUUUGGGGGGGGGGUUCCGGGAUUUUUUCCCAGAAGUCUUGACGAAUUAAUCUGUAAAAUGAAUAAUUUGUGGCUGAUCUUUUACUCCCACUAACAAGGGUCUGUAGUGCUCUUUAGGACUAUAGAGCCCUGUUACUGAAAUGAUGGCCCUUGAGGACCAGGAACCUUUGGUUUUUCACCCUCCUUUUACCUUAGUCAGGUGUGACUACGGUCUGGCCAAUCAGUAGCACUUAUUGAUCAAGCAAUUGCCUGGUGGAAAAGAAAACCAGGGCUGGAUUUGGAUUCAUGGGUGAGAUUUGAGUAUCCAUGCUACAGAGGGACUUGAUCAACUUUAAGAUCUACAAUGCUCUAGGUAGGAUUAAAGCAGUGUUUAGGAACAUUUUGUGGACAAACAUGCCUGAUUUUGUGAACUUGAAGUUCCAGCGGAAAUGUUAGAGUAGAUGGCAUCUUCAGUUCUCUAACAUGGCAAAUGUUGGACCAACGGAACUAAGUAAUCAGAAAAAGAUAUUUUGAAAGCUUAAUGGUGUGACAAAUCAUGCUCAUCACUAAAAGAUUAAGACUUUAAUAUGGAUUUUUGUUCCAGUUUUUACAGGAGUUUUUGUGUGUGUUUUUAUAUUGGUUGCAUUGCUUUUCAUCCCACUUGCACAGAGUGAAUGUGUGCAAUGAGAGUUGAUGAAAUGCAGAAUAAGUAUUAAAAGCAAAAUGCCCUUUCAAGUAUGGAGAAAUAGCCUGUUAAAUCAGUAUGUUUAUAUUGCCCACUGAGGAAGGUUUUCAAAAUUGCAUGCAUUGUUCAAGCAGUUAUCAUUUACUGUCUUUUUAAAAUUUACUAUAGUUUACAGAAGUGCAUUGUAACGUGUUUUUAAUAGAAUAGAUAAAAUUGCAAAUUGCAUUGUACGAUAUACUAAACAGUUUUAUGUUUUGAGUAUGCUGGCAUGUUUUAAGCAGGUUUGUGAUAUUUAUAACAUUCUCCAACUAAUAAAUUGCAAAUAAAAAUGUAUAUUUAUUGCUCAGAAAUUCCAAUGUGAGCUGAAAUGUAUUUUUUGCAUUGAGGUAAUGCAUACGUGCCAUAUAUUUUCAAUGCAGAUAUUUGCCAACAAUGUUUCUGUAUAGCCACUAGAGGUCAGUCUCUUCACAAAUAAUGCAAAAUUCCAACAUCCAUAAGAGAUUAGACCAAUUGUCUUUAUUGGUCACAGAAUACAACAGCAAUAUCAAAGUAUGUCUGUUUAAUUUCUGCAUAUUUCAGCACAGUGCUAAGCAGCAUGUUUGGAUUUUGAGUUAAACCAAUAGCUUUGAGGGAAAGGGUCAAGUAGUACUUCGUACUAAUUGUGUACUGUGUGGUUAGCUUGUGUGUCCAAGAUUUGAUUUAACUGGUUGAAUUCAGACUACUGCUAUGUGCCUAGCCUAGUAGGAGUCAUUAGUCUGGAUGAUGAGAUAGUGAUGAUAUUCUGUUACAUGGUAGGUGUUAUGUAUCAUGCUACAGUGGAUUUGCCCCUGCAGUGAUGAGCUGUCUAGACCAGGCAAUACUGAUCUUUGUAAUAGUUGAUGAGCUCAUUGAAGACACAUGUAACCCCCUGGGGUGAGCUAUUUUUCAUAUGAGCCUGCUGUGUAGCUGUAAAUAUCGCAAGUUUGUAUACAGGUCUGUGGAAAAUUGUGCUAGCAACAAUGGUGUUGACAUGACUUCCAUCUCAUGUGCAAUACCAAGGCACAAAACAGUGACAUCCCUAUCUUGUACAUUACCACGAAAUUAGUGUUAUUCAUGCCGUAACCUAGUGUGCUUUAUUUUUACUGCUACAUCUCUGGAACACUCAUAAAUAUAUUUACAGUUUUUGUUGGUCAGCAUACAGUUAUAAUAGAUCUCAGAGGUAUUCCAACAGUACUGGCAGUAGCUUGUAUUCCAGCCCGUUGUGACUUUUCUCUCUGUACAGAAUUCAUGCUGAAAAUUUCAUUUAAUUGCAAAAGCGGCAAAAAUACAUUUCUGACAUGACUUUGAUGCAAAAUGUCUGGCAGAUGUGUAUUAUUUCUAACAGAAUCCCAGCAUUUUUAUUUCACUAUGUCAAUUCACGUUUCAUAUGCACUAAAUAAAUGUCAUGGUCUGUAAAUUAUU